AUGCAACUUACAUUGUUUGUUACUCUCAUUUUCAUUCUCUGCAGCAUCAACCAAAUUACGUCAAUAUUUGCGGUAGAGGAGAAUCAGGACUUAAUGACAUACAUUGUUCAUGUAAAAAAAUCAGAAAAUGUUGCUUCAUUUCAAUCAGAAGAUUUGCAUACCUGGUACCAUUCAUUCCUUCCAGAAACUUUUGCUCACAAAGACAGAAUGGUUUUCACUUACAGCAACGUAGCCUCUGGAUUCGCGGUCAAGUUGACACCCGAAGAAGCCAAAGAUCUUCAAGUGAAGGGCGAAAUUGUGUCGGCUAGACCUGAAAGGACACUUUCAUUACACACAACUCAUACUCCAACUUUCUUGGGAUUGAAACAAGGACAAGGCUUAUGGAGCGAUGAUAACCUCGGAAAAGGAGUCAUAAUUGGAGUCAUAGACACGGGAAUAUACCCUUUUCACCCAUCAUUCAACGACGAAGGAAUGCCACCACCACCUGCAAAAUGGAAAGGUCACUGUGAAUUCACUGGUGGAACAGUUUGCAACAAUAAGCUCAUUGGUGCAAGAAACUUAGUCAAAGGUGCAAUUCAAGAGUCUCCGUUUGAGAAUUUUUUCCACGGAACACACACUGCUGCAGAAGCUGCAGGAAGGUUCGUAGAAGAUGCAAGUUGUUUUGGUAAUGCUAAAGGUGUAGCAGCUGGUAUGGCACCUAAUGCUCACAUAGCAAUGUACAAAGUUUGUAAUGACAAAGUUGGAUGCCCUGAAAGUGCUAUCUUAGCUGCAAUGGAUGUAGCUAUCGAAGAUGGUGUAGAUGUUCUUUCACUUUCGCUUGGUUUAGGUUCUCUUUCAUUCUUUGAAGACCCAAUUGCAAUUGGUGCUUUUGCUGCUAUUCAAAAAGGAGUUUUCGUUAGUUGUUCCGCAGCAAACGCUGGCCCUGGCUACAGCACUCUCUCAAAUGAAGCUCCUUGGAUCCUCACAGUAGGUGCAAGUACAAUUGACAGAAAAAUAGCAGCAUCCGCAAAGCUAGGAAAUGGUGAAGAAUUUGAAGGUGAAACAUUGUACCAACCUAAGGACUUCUCUCCACAGCUAUUGCCACUUUUCUAUGCAGGUUCAUAUGGAUAUGGAAACUCAAGUCAGAAUCAGUCAUUUUGUUUACCAGGUUUCUUAAAGAACAUUGAUCUAAGAGGAAAAGUAGUAUUAUGUGAUGUAGGAGGUGGUGUUACAAGUAUUGUAAAAGGACAAGAAGUUCUAAAUGCAGGUGGUGUUGCCAUGAUCCUUGCAAACUCAGAAGCCAUUGGGUUCAGCACUUUCGCUAUUCCUCACGUUUUACCUGCAGUUGAAGUGAGUUAUGUAGCUAGUUUGAUAAUCAAAGAUUACAUAAACAAAACCUACAAUCCAACCGCAACAGUAUCAUUCAAAGGAACAAUAAUUGGUGAUUCAAAUGCUCCUUCUGUUGUUUCAUUUUCUUCAAGAGGACCAAGUCAAGAAAGUCCAGGAAUCUUAAAACCAGACAUCAUUGGACCCGGUGUCAACAUCCUUGCUGCAUGGGCUCUUUCUCUAGACAACAAACUCCCACCUUAUAGCAUUGUUUCUGGCACUUCAAUGUCUUGUCCUCAUCUCAGUGGCAUUGCCGCAUUGAUCAAAAGCUCUCAUCCUGAAUGGUCGCCGGCCGCUAUAAAAUCAGCAAUCAUGACAACUGCUAAUACACUCAACCUCGGCGGUUCACCUAUAACUGAUCAAAGACUUUUACCUGCUGAUGUUUUUGCUACUGGUGCAGGACAUGUUAAUCCUGUUAAAGCAAAUGAUCCUGGACUUGUUUAUGAUAUUCAACCAGAAGAUUAUGUUCCUUACUUGUGUGGUUUGGGUUAUUCUGAUAGAGAGAUUGAAAUUAUUGUCCAGCGGAAAGUGAAGUGUUCUGAUGUGAAAAGUAUAGCAGAAGCAGAACUGAAUUAUCCUUCUUUUUCUAUUCUUUUAGGUUCUGAUUCACAGUUUUACACAAGAACUUUGACUAAUGUUGGGUUUGCAAAUUCAACCUAUAGAGCAGAACUUGAAGUGCCUUUGGCUUUGGGUAUGAGUGUGAAUCCAAGUGAAAUAACAUUUACCGAGAUCAAUGAGAAGGUUAGUUUUUCAGUGGAUUUUAUACCUGAGAUUAAGGAAAAUAGAAGGAAUCAUACCUUUGCUCAGGGUUCUCUUACAUGGGUUUCUGAUAAACAUGCCGUUAGGAUUCCAAUAUCAGUGAUUUUCAAGUGA